UUUUAAAUUACAAUCCUAAAGUUCUGGCAACAUAUAGGCAGGGGAAAUGUCUCUUACAAGAUUAUUUUUGGGAGAAUUUAUCAAUGAAGACAUCCAUUCCUCAAAUUCUUUAUGUCGGCAAGAAGUAAACAUCAGAAUGUAUGUUAAUUCCAUAUCAAUCAGUGAAUCAAACAGAAAAUUAUGGAAUCAAGAUUACUUUACUUUGACAUUUCCCAAACCACUCCAGCCAGGUAGAGAAAAGAGAUCAAGAUCUUCAGAAUUACAAACCUCAGUUCCUAGACAUGACAAAAGAAAAUUAAAGGAAGUUGAGAAGCCAGAACAUAUAAGGAUAAGGCAUUCUUUUAAAAAAAAUUCCCAAAGGCCAUCUGUUUAUUUAACUGUCAGGAGACAGGCUCUAUUCAGAAAUCCUUAUACUCCUAAAACCCAUCCUGAAAAUGGAGAAUCUGAAAAGUCCAAAUAUGACAAAAAAGGAAGAACUUUACAAAGAAAUCCCAAAAAAAACAAAAGCCAACAUGAAACAACUCCAGAAUCCAAAACAGUAAAUGAUGAGGAAACUGAAAGAGGAAAGAAAUCAGACAAAACUCAAUCAAAAUUAUCACAUAAAAGUGAACUAUUCGAGAAACCAAAGUUUCAAUUGGAAACAAAUCCAGAAUCCAAAGAUUUUAAGACAGUCUCAAUGGAUCCAAAAAAAGAUAAGAGAGAUUCAAAGAAGUCCAAGGACACAGAUAAUGAGUUCCUAUGUGCAAAGAAGGAUUCUAAGGGCUCAAAGAACAAUUCUGAUGUCAAAUCACAGACUUGCUCAAAAAAUAGUUCAAAUAUGGAUUUCAUAUUGUAUAUAGAGGAGUCUGGUGCUGAAUCCAUGAAAUCGGAUAUAUGGUUAAAGAAUUACUCUCACAAUAAUUCAAAGAAGCCUUCAAAGAAAGACACAAAAAAGGAUGCAAAGAGCUCUGAUGCUGAAUCUGUAGAUUCAAAAUAUGCAAAGAAAAAUGCAAAAAAAGAUAAGAAAAGUACAAAGAAAGACAGCAAGAAGAAAGAUGCAAAGAAAGAUGCAGAGUCUACAGAUGCAGAAUCUGUAGACUCAAAGGAUGCAAAGAAAGAUUCAAAGAAGGCUAAGAAAGAUUCAAAGAAAAAUGACAAGAAAAAAGAUACAAAGAAAGAUGUAGUGUCUACUGAUGCUGAAUCUGAGUCUGAACUGGAGGCAAAAAAUUGGAAGAAAGGUGAAAAGCAGAUCAAGAAAGACUCAAAAAAAGAUGACAAGAAAAAGUCCACCAAGAAGGAUGCAGUGUCUACUGAUGCUGAUUCUGAAUCUGAAUGGGAUUCAAAAAAGGGUAAAAAAGAUGAAAAAAAUUAUAAGAGAAAUUCAAAGAAAGAUGACAGAAGUAAGUCUGUAAUGAAGUCUGAAGAGUCUACUGAAACUGAAUCUGAUUGGGAGUCAAAGAAGGAUAAGUAUGAUUCAAAGAAGGCUAACAAAGAUUCAAAAAAAGAUGCCAAGAAACAGGAUGCAAGGAAGAGUACAGAGUCUACUGAUGCUGAAUCUGAUGAAUCUUCCAAGAAAGACUCAAAGAAGACUAAGACAGUCAAAAGUUCAGAUGCUGAAUCUGAAGACUCCUUAUAUAAACUGGAGGCUAAAAAGAAAGGAGUUGACGAAUCAGAUGCCACAUCUACUUCAAAGAAGGAAGCACUGGAACUGAAGAAAGAAUUCAAAAUUUCAUCCAAAAAGACUACAUUCAAAGAAAAAGGGGAAAAUAUAGGUACAGGCAGAGUCCCCCCAUCAAGAGAAAGACCACCACUACCUCCUUGUGAGCCUAUACUACCAUCACCCAAGGUCAAACGUCUCUGUCAGUGCAAGAUGCCUCCUCCACCUCUAAAACCAAGAUAUGCGCCUUUGCCUGAAGCAAAGUGGAUUCAUAAGCUGCUUUAAAGAAAAAGAAAAAGAAAAAAAAAAAAAAAAAAAGAACAACUGAGCACUUGGUUUCACAGAAUGGCCUUACCACAGUAAACACUGGCUACUCCCAAAUGAUCAUUUCUACUUGUGUGGAACUGUAAUAAAUAAAAACAAGUCUUCCAUGAA